GAAUGUAAUAGCACCCGACAAGAAAAUAAAGGAAACUUUGUACUCGAUCCAAAGUCUCCUGACGGUAGUACCAAUAACAGCCCGAAUUCUUGCUUCAAUGGCUGGGAAACUGAUGAGUUUAAGUCGUGUCUUCCCUUAUGCAAAGACAUAUUGUCUAGAAUUUUAUGCAAUCAUCGACGCAGAACACAGAGAACCCUGGGAAUGGGAAGCUCCAGUCCACGUCUAUCCAGAAUAGUUCCAAUAUACGUCGAUGCUUCGACAACGAGGUGGUCUGCAGUUGUAAAAGGAAGGAAAGCCUUUUGGGAAUUGGGAGGUAAAAUACAGGCAUACAGACAUUGCUUUGCUCAAGUCAAUGGCAGCUUUACUGGGUAUAGAGGCAUUUAUACCUAUAGUUGCAAAUCAUUGGAUAACAGUAUUCAUAGACAAUCGAGUAGCCCGAAAGUCAAUAGAAUCAGAAGGAAAACGACCUUGGCAAAAAGAGUUAAUAUGCGAGGUUUGGAACCUUUGCGAUGCACACAAUAUACAUAUUCACGAAUUCCGACGAACUAA